GCCCGGGCCGUUUCACACGUACACACGUUGCCAGUGUUAAUGUUGUCAAAGCUCUUUUUAAACUGUGUGUUUCCUCGGGUUUUCACCGGGUAGCUUCCUCAAUGGCCUCCAAACGACGACAGGACGAGGUCGGCAAAAGUGACAAGAAGAAAAAACAGAAGAAGAGCGAAGAAACAGCAGAACUUGGUUCAGCUGUGGAGGACGACCAGGUGAAGAGUGCGGUGAAGGAGGCGUGGAGCCGGAGGACCCACUGCAGCCUGGGGGAUCUGGAGUUGGACUGUCACCCUUUCCCUCACUGCAUCAUCAAGAACUUCCUUGGCAGCGAGACCUUCGUAGAGAACCUGCAGAGAGAACUUCUGGAGCUCAACUUCCAUGAGAAGUCAAACGAUCUCUACAAAUUUAAACAGUCAGAUGACUUGAGGAAGAGAACAGAGCCACACAUCGCAGGACUGAGGGUAGCACUGUUUGGGCGUUUCCGUUCCUGGCUCAGCGAAGUGUUAGGGGUUGAACUGGAGCCCACAGUGGAUAUUUCUUGUGCCAGAUAUGAAUACACAGAUAUUCUUUUGUGUCACGAUGAUGAAUUGGAGGGAAGACGUGUGGCUUUCAUUCUGUAUCUUGUGCCUCCGUGGCAGAGCAGCGACGGGGGAACCCUCGAUCUAUACACAACAGAUGGUAAUUUCCAGCCACAGAGUAUAGUGAAGUCGCUCGUCCCCUCUUGGAACACACUUGUCCUCUUUGAAGUGUCUCCAGUGUCCUUUCACCAAGUGUCAGAAGUUUUGUCACAGGAUAAGUGUCGUCUGUCUCUGAGUGGCUGGUUUCAUGGACCGCCUCUGGAGCGUCCUCCUCGCCACAUAGAGCCUCCCGUCCCAAGGAGUCCACACUUACCAAGAGAUGAGACGCUGCUACUGGAGUGGGUCAAUCCAGUGUAUCUGGACAUUUCCUAUCAAGAGCAGAUUCAGGAGGAGUUUGAGGACAGCUCUGAAAUACAGCUCAAAGACUUUCUCAAAGAGGAGAAGUUCAGGGAGCUGGGUGAGGCACUGCGACAUGCUCAGAUUCAGUGGACGAGGAGAGGUCCGCCCAAUAAGAGAUGCUAUGAAGUGGCUUCUCUGGACACCCUGCCCCAGUGUGUGAGCACAUGCUGGGAGCUGCUUCGUUCAGAGGCUUUCUUCCUGCUCCUCUCCAACUUCACUGGCCUUCGAUUGCACUACCUGUGUCCUACUGAUGACGAUGACGAGAGAGAGCAGAAGGAGCAAGAGGACGUGCGGGAUGGAGAAGCCACGGGAUCUUCGACCGAAUCCCCAUCAGCAAAUGCAAGCAGAGCGAAAGAGCUGAGCACACCUGUAUGUUGUGGUGAAGUGCGUCGAUGGUCUCAUGGCGGCUACACUCUGCUGCAUGAUGGGGAGGCAGCACGGGCAGAGUACGCUCUGGAUCUUGUUUUACCCUUUGGCUGUGCAGACUGGCAGUCAGAGUUUGGGGGCUUCACAUGUUAUGUUGCUAAUGAAGAGGACGAGGAGCUUCUGACAGUUUAUCCAGAGGACAACUCCCUCGCCCUCGUCUACAGAGACAAAGAAACCCUCAAAUUUGUCAAACAUGUCAACCAAAAAAGCUCCUCUGAUUCUGCAGGCACUUCAACCUGCAGAGCAUUUUAUGACUUUUCUUUUGUGUAUUAUGAAUAAAUAUACA